UAAAAAACCAGUCUAUUUUGUUAUCAGUUAAUUUUACGACAUAUGAGGAGGCAGUUUCAUCAUCAGCUGAAUCCGAAUUCUAUAUAUUUCUUAUCUCGUUGCUGCACAUCAUUAAAAUGGCGCAAACGUUGGAUGACGCACUGCUUGCUGCUGAUAGAGCUGUUAAAUUUGAUAAAAACAGCCAAUACUUGCAAGCAUUGUAUUAUUAUGAUAUCGCUAUAAAACUGCUUACCAAGCUGGAAUUAGAAGACACGUAUGAAGACAAACUUUCAGACUAUCGUGAGAGGAUUUCAUGGAUACAGCAUUACAUUAAUGAAGAAGAGCAGAGUAAUCACAAGUUUGAAUCUACUCAUCAGUCUGAGUUACAGAGAUGCAAGUUUCUUUUGAACCAAGCACUGGAUGCAGAUGAAGCAGGUUGUAAAGACAUUGCUGUAAAGCUAUAUACUGAAGCGGCUGAACUUGGUCUUAGCGCAAAAACUGUUGACACAGAAGUUAAAACAAAAUUAACGAAUCUUGUUAGAGUUGCCAUAGAGCGGGCAGAGGCUUUGAAAGGAAUUAAAGUUGUCGAGAAUGACAGUGUUAUGAAAAGUCUCGCUAAACUACCAUCUGUGCCAGAGACCAAUUUUCCAGACAUCGAUGAUACGCCAAUAGAAUCAGAACAACCAGUAAACGCACCAUCGACACCAACUGCUGCUCCAAGUGCCAGAAAUACCAGAUCCUCGCUUCAUCGGGGAAGCAGUGGCCAUCUCAAAGUAACUGGAGGUAGCACCAAUUAUACCGAAGAAGAGAAAAGAGUGUUGCUUUACAGCUCGCACAUAAAUGACAAUGAAUUUGUACCGUUUAUGAGCAUUGAUCUCGCUGAAAAGUUCCAAUAUGCUAUUCCAUUUACCGACAAGGAUGGAUUUUUGGAACUAGCGCCGAAACAGAAGCCUGACUUUACCGGAUGGCGCCGACCGGAAGAAAUAUAUUCAGAUCCCAAAAUGGUCAUCGGGCAUAAUGUUGACUACUACAGCAUAAAACAAACUGUGGUUUCUGACUGUUCAUUUGUCGCUUCGCUUGCUGUGAGUGCUCAAUAUGAGAAAAAGUUUGGGCGCAGAUUAAUAACGUCCAUUAUUUAUCCCAAAAACAAACAGAAGGAACCUAUUUAUAAUCCAUUUGGAAAAUACAUGGUGAAACUACACAUCAAUGGCAUUCCACGUAAAGUAAUAAUAGAUGACCUUCUGCCUGUAAGCCGAUACAACCAAUUACUCUGUUCCUACUCUAGCAAUCGUGGGGAGCUAUGGAUUUCUUUACUCGAGAAGGCUUAUAUGAAAGUAAUGGGUGGUUACGAUUUUCCCGGAUCGAAUAGUAAUAUAGAUUUACAUGCCUUAACUGGCUGGAUACCCGAAAGAUGGGCGAUAAGACCGAAUGAGCCGGAUUUUAAUAAGGACAAUCUGUUCGAUACAUUACUAUUGCGACUUCAUAAAGGAGAUGUUCUAGUCACUGUAGCCACGGGAGAGCUAUCGGACUUGGAUGCAGAACGCACGGGCCUUGUGCCAAGUCACGCAUAUGCUGUUCUCGAUGUGAAAAAGAUUAAUGGAGAAAGGUUGUUACAACUGAAAAACCCGUGGUCUCAUUUACGAUGGAGAGGCAAUUAUUCUGAACUCGACAUAAGGCACUGGACUCAGGAUUUGAAGGAAGCAUUGCAUUACGACCCAGAAUCUGCUUCCGAGUUUGACAACGGUGUCUUUUGGAUCGAUUACGACAGUAUAUGUCGGUUCUUUGAUGUAUUUUAUUUAAACUGGAACCCAGGACUGUUUAAUUAUACCUAUUGCAUACACCAAAUGUGGAAAGCUGGCAUUGGGCCUGCAAAGGACGCGUACAAUAUCGGUGACAAUCCACAAUUCUCGUUGGAUGCGCAAACCAAAGGAAGUGGCGCUAUUUGGAUACUUCUUACGCGACAUAUUACGGAUAUAGCAGACUUCCGGCAAAAUCAAGAAUAUAUUACAGUUUUAGUUUAUCGCAACGACGGGAAAAGAGUGUAUUAUCCACAUGAUCCGCCACCGUACAUCGACGGCGUCAGAAUAAACAGCCCGCAUUAUUUGUGCAAGAUCAAACUAAGCGAGCAAAGUGACACGAAAUAUACUUUAGUCAUAUCUCAGUAUGAAAAAACGAACACUAUUUACUACACGCUUCGCGCGUAUGCAACGUGUCCAUUCAUAUUGCGGAAAAUACCUCAACUUUACAAAUACGAAAAAGAGGUUACAGGUCAGUGGAAGGGUGUCACAGCAGGAGGAUGCGGUAAUCAUCCCACAUACAUGGACAAUCCACGAUAUCAAAUAGUGCUUGAAAGCUCUAACAACAAUAAUUAUUUGUUAAUUAUUUUGAAAGGACCUAAGCAGUAUCAAAUAGGUUUCGACAUCAAUACUGUUGUGCUGAAUGACACAAAUGCGCCGACUGCGUUUAAAACGAAAAGUUCUGGACCAUUUAGAUCUGGGUUCGUAUAUUUAGAACUGGAAGACGUACCGGCAGGAACGUACCAUAUUGUUCCUUCAACGUAUACGCCUGGUCAAGAGGGACCAUUCUUCCUGAUUUGUAAAUCUUCUUGUAAUUUGCAGCUUCAGCUUCUUUAACAAAUUGAAGAAAUCGUUGAAUAGUAAGCGCGCAAUUGUAAAUCAAAUGAUUGAUUCAGGGAAGCAAUUAAGGAGAGCUUGUUUUACAACAGUUUUAUUUUAUAUUCCAAAAGUAUAAAUGAGACUAGACAUCUACAAAUUGUAUUAAUAUCAAGAUUUGUAAGACUAGCUGUAACUUAAGGUUGUUACCUGAUUUACAUGCCAUUAAUGCUUGGAUGCAAAAUUUUAUAGCACUUAAUUUUGUUCGUGUCCAUCACGUCUACACUUGCGAAAAAUAUGUAUUUAAAUAAAAAAUUAAACCUGCCACGCGUAAUUUUAUUACAUAUAUAAGUACGAAGUUCGGCGUGUUACACAUAAUCGUUGUUAUUUGCUUAUCUACUCUUUAUAUUGACAUUUUUUAUGUUUACGCAUUUUGCGCUUAUUUUAUAAAAUUAGUUUUCAUUUUAAUAUAUUUAUGAAGAUGAA